AUGGCCCAGUUCAACUUUGAAGGAGAUAUCGCAGGACUAAGCGACCGCCAAUUAGAAUUCGUCAAUAAAGUGGUUUCUGAACAAUAUUUGAAAGUGAACAAGGUGGUCUUCGAACCACUUGGAAAAACUGGUGAUAAUUUCAUGUCGAACGUGAAGAGAAUCAGCAUUGAAGGAGAAGAUGGAAACUUGAAGAUGGUCGUCAAAAUCGCGCCGAAAGAAGAAGUCAUUCGAGCCUCCACUCAUACUCAAGUAAUGUUCACUAAUGAGCAUAUCAUGUACAAGGAAGUGCUACCUAAGUUUGUGUCGCUGCAGAAAGCAGCAGGAGUACCAGCAGAAGAACGUCUAAGAUACGCAAAAUGCUACGGAUCUCUAAACGAAGCACCCGAUGAAAUGAUAUUAUUAGAAGACUUGAAUGAAUUGGAUUUUACCAUGCUGAACAAGUACGAGUCUCUUUCCAAUGAAUGUGUUAAGAGCAUUUUAAAGAAUUUUGCAACACUGCAUUCUCUUUCUUAUGCAUUAAGACAUAAGGAACCAGCCGUAUACGAGCAGUUUAAGAAUAAAUUAACAAACACUUGGCCAUUGAUGCCCCAGAGUCCAGUGUUUGCUAUGCAAAUCCAACACGUAGAAAUGGCAGUUUUGUCGUUGCUUGAUGACGAGACUCAUAAGAGCCUGAUUAAGGGUAAAUUUGAAGGAAUGUUCAAAUUGAUGACGAAGUUGGCGAAGGAAGAGGAUGGAAAACACUUUGUGAUUCAACAAGGCGAUGGGUGGACCAACAAUGUUAUGUUUAGAUUUCAGGGUGACAAUUUGAUGCAGUCGAUCAUGAUUGACUACCAGGGAUCUGGCAACAACAGGCCUGUAUUCGACCUUCUCUACAUGAUCUUCAACUGCACCGACCAUGAGACGAGGUCCAAGAACUUCUACGACUGGCUGCAGUACUACCAUACUGAGUUAGACAGAUCCUUAUCCAACUUUGGUUUGAAAGCCAACUAUUUUUACCCAAUGGAUCAACUUGAUGUAGAUUUGAAGCGAUAUGGAAGAUCAGUCUUUGGUUUGUGUCUGAUGCUGUCAAAUAUCUUGAUGAGGGAUUCAAAAGAAGCUGGAGUUAUUAUGGAAGCUCUUAAAAGUGGUGGUAUUGAAAAGACGAUGGAGGCAUUCAGUAGUCACUCGUUGCAAUCAGAAAGUGUAGUUCGUGGUAAAAAGAGAAUUGUUGGACUGAUCGAAAGCUUUACUCAGUUCGGUUUGUUGUAA